ACAAAAACAUCAUGAUUCAUCAUUGAAAGGUUUAGACUAGGCCUGAAGGCUAGUAAUAAUCGUUUAUUCUGUAGUAUUUUAAAAGAAAUAUUUGGUUUUAACUAUGGUAUCCAUUUUAAAAUUUGUUCAUUGUGAAUCUGCAGAGAUUUUUUGUUUCAAUAUACCGGCAGAAUGCCCGAUCUGCGGAGCUGAUUUGUCAUCACGUCUUCGUAGCCCUCCCAUAGCAAUCCCAACUCCAUUUGUGAACGGGACAAAUAUACCCUGUUCUGUGCUCGUCAAACCGACGGUUGGUGGCUUCCUGAGAGAUUAUAAAAAUGGUUCAAAUUUGCAUACAGGUGUAUCUGAUUCAAAAGGUUGUAUAUUUAACUAUGAUGAGGAUGGUAUGCACUUGGAUACAGAUUCCAACAGCUGGAAAGAUAGUCUAGCAAUACCAGUUGUAGAUCUUGUUGAUGAGGAGCUUAAAGACGUCUGGGAUAAGAGGCUACAUUCAAUGGCGACUCAGUCAAGUUGGCAGGCAACUAGGUAUCACCCGGAUUUACACAACUGUUUUGAUUUUGUUGUUAACUUCUUGAACUGUGUUGAGUUUAACGUUUGGAAUGAAAAGAGCAAUGAACCGAUCACACGGACUCAAUUUUCAACUGCAUAUAUCCUACCGGCCACGAGCAGGGCAGCACGAUACAUAGGACUAUAUCGUAGCAUUCAGCUUCAUGGCUCAGUCACUCACAAAUGAUUGGAUUGGAUUUAUUUGGUUUGAAUGUAAUGAAUGACCCACAAAGUUCUGAAAUCUUAAUUCCAGUGUUGUCCUUCUGGUGGUGAUUGUGCAGUACACCAGGAGACAAUCCCCUACUCUUUUUCAAAGACGGUAUACUUUAACCUGUACAUGGGCCAUAUUACACACAGAAUCAACACUUCGAAUGUCUCAUCCAAAAGAUAGUGCACUUUUUUAUAUUCCAACUGAAGCCCAAGGAGGGCAGCAGAUAGAAUUAAAAACCGGGUACAACAGGUUAAAUGGAUUUCCACGGUUCAGCGAACACACUGUGGCUACUGCUAAUCUAGCAGACUGGAGUACUCGGUGGCACUUUGUGGUGUGCCUAAAAAGGAAAGCGUGGGGGAUGAAUUCGUCAGAAGAAUAUUGUGAUAUUAACUAACACCCCCCACCUGCCCAAAAGUUGCUGAGAAAACAAAUUACACACAGUGUAAGUAAAUCCUUGCCGAGCCACUAAGGCCCUUUGGGCUGGGGCUUAUCCCCAGUUUCAAGUAGCGUGAAGCAGAUGGGAGUGUGAUGCCCUACCUGGUGGGGAUGCUAGUCCACUGCAGGAUACUCCCAGCAAUAUGCUGGUAUCCACUGAUACACCUAGGGUGGACUGAAGCAAUGUACAAAGUUCCUUGGACACAAGCGAAAUGCACAGCAAAGGAUUGAAACCCCCGACCUUGAGGUGUAAAAACCAAACCGCCUCUAGUGUACCUCAUAUCAAUUCAUUCCCCUUAACUUGUUCGAGAUAUACCACUGAUCACAUUAAACAGAUGAAAUAAUAACACUUUCUUCUGAUUGAUGUGUUCUUUCAGUGUUUUAAAUGACACAAAUGAAGAAGUCGCAAGAUAUUAAUAGUCAAAUGUUAAACUUCAUAUAAUUUAAUCUGAUCAACUGUAAAAUAAUGAUAUCAAAUACAGUACAAAUGUAGAUGUAUGUACUUUUAUUAAAAACUGAGAAAAUGUCAUCGCAAA